UAUUACACGUGUAUCGACGAUUGUUUUUUGCGGAAUCGACAUUUUUGUUGUAUUGUACAUACGUGUUCGCGAAUCCUUCCCGGCUUGGAUUAUCAUGGUAAAUACGAGUAUGUCUACCAACGGAGAUCGCAGAUCGCUUUCAGGAUGGAUGAUCUGUUCACGGUACAUUUAAGUAACGCUUUAUACAAGUCGGCUUUAUGAGGGCUCAGACCUUCGUUGCGUGCACCGCAUAUAAAGACAACUUUCUGGUAUAUAUUCUACGCGUUGAAUUCUCAAUGUAACGACGAGAUUUUAUGGACGAUUUUAUUCGUUUCCUAUACACGAAUAAAUGUGUAUAUCCAUGAAUAAACUCCAUGACCAUAACCAUGUCUAUUCGAAUAUCGUGGCCGGGACUAAAGGGGUAUCAGGAAACAUUUUAUCCCGGACACGGGAAAAUCUACCGGUUAAGCGGUGUACGCAAUUUAAAGUCGCUACUUCUGUCCGUCCCGGGGGAAUUAAGGGUCAGACGCGGAGGCAAGUAUAUCGCCAGGAAGUCGGGUUCUCCGCAGCUUUUUUCCUCUCCUAUCCUGGUAAUAAAUUUUCAAGUCGUCCAGCAACGUCCUGGAACUCAGGAACGAUGUUAUAGACGGUGCUCGAGAACAAGAAGGGUGGUUACUCAGGCUACGCUCACAACCCUCCGCACAUACUAACGUGGAUUUACCGAGGCCCAUCCUCCGCGUAACGACGAGUGACUGCGGAAGAGUCUAUAUACGCGGUUCUGGGGUGGAAAGUUAUGGGUGGUCUCGUUGCUGUAUCAAUAUCUCGUUAGGCGCUACGACGGAAAUAAAAUCGGAAUGUUCGUCUUUCGCGGGGGCUUGACCGAGCCAGCAAAAUUGUAAUGCGUCCUGCAGGCGCCAGUCGCUCGUUACACGUUACAACUUUGAAUGUAGGAAUUGUGUACUACAAUAGGAAUUGAAUUAUUGUGUCAUGUUUUAUGAGAACUGCAAUCGAUCAUUGCAACACACAGAAAUGUUGCCGUGUAUCACAAAAUCGGCUUACUGCAUCAAUAUCAACUAACUGGGAAAUGACGGAAGCGUUAAAUAGGAUCUCUAAUACGCGCAUGUAUUUGCUAGUUAUCCAUUGAUAUUUACGUCAUGCCUCUCAUUAGGAAGAAAGAUGGAUUAUUUCACACACACACACACACACAUACAAGUGCGUGUAACGAGUUCCGUUUCGCACUACUAAAAUUGCAUCAAAAUUUUAUCGAACUUUAUAUAAAAUAGAGCUUUUCAUGUAAGUAUAUAUAUGUAUGAAAAUCUCUAUUCCUCCACUCAUAGAUACAUAUAUAUCUCCUAUUUCUAUAAUCAUACCAAUUACAUUUGUCUAAAAUAUAUUAAUAUUAUCAUUAUAUUGCACACG